AUGGCCUUCACGGCCUCCCUCCGUCGCCGCUUCGCCUUCAUGGCGGCCGAAGGGUCGGGCCUCACAGCGCAGGAGCUCUUCUCCCAGCUGCGCUGCUUGGCACCCGGAACGAACCCGCCGCCGGACCCACGCCACGUGGCGUCACUGGCCCUGCGCGGCGCGGAGCUCUGCCGGGGCCAGGCCUUGAGCUUCCGCCAGCACGCGCUCUUGGCCUUUCGACUGGAACGCCUCAACUGGUUCUCCCAGGAGGUUUGUGAGGCUUUUCGCCAGGAUUCCGCCAGCUAUGUGAAUCACUUGCUGGUCUCCGAGUGGCUGAUGCUCUUCCGCUACAUGGCCGCCUGCGGGGUGCAGCACGAGGCCUUUGCGGAGUCUGUGGGACAAUGGCUCGAAGAAGGCGAUCACUUGGGCCAGCUGCAGUUGCGAGACCUACAGGAAGUGGUGACUGCACUGGCCUCUUCUGGUCAGCUGUCCGCGUCGCUGGGGGCACAAAUCCUCCGCGCGCUGCAGCAGCUGCCCACCGAGGCCGAGGAAGCCUUGCUGAUUCGCCUGGCAGUGGCCUUGGCGGCGGCCGACGUCGGACACAGCGACUUCUACCGGAAGGUCUUGGAUGCAGUGGGCGCACCCAAGACGGAUGAGGAAUGGAUGGAGGAGGAAGCCAGUGACCACUGGCGACUUUCCUUGUUGUUCUUCCUCGCCAAGGCUGGCUCAGCCGGCCGCUGGUCCUUGGUCUUGAACAUCCUCCGGAAGCUGCCUGCGAAGCACGAGGGUCUGGAAGAGCUGGCAGCUCACGUGCCGAAAUCUUUGAUCCCGAAGCUUUUGCAGCUCUUGCAGCUCAACAGCUUGGAAAAUGACGCACUCUUGCUGGAAGCAAGACCCUUUGCCAGCAGUUUGUGCAAAGCCUGGAGGACCUGUCAAACAGCUCAAGCUGCAGAACCUGGGGCAGCUGAAGACUCUUCAGACACCAAAUCCUUGGAGGUGCUGGCGAAGAUGGCCAGUGCUGCCGGAUAUUUGGGAGUCAUCGACCUCCAGACGGCCGAGGCCAUUUGGAAGCAGAUCGACGAUUUAGAGAUUGCUGAGGCGAUUACUUCUUCGGAUCAGACGAGAAGGCUGUUGCUGCAAGCAGGGUGGGCUUCAUGUGUGGCUCGAUGUCAUGAUCCUGAGGGAAGACAAAGACCAGGCUUCCCAGGAGCGUCCACGCUCCUGUCGUUGAUGAAGACCACGUCGCCUCCAUCCGCCAACAGGCACCAGAGGCAACAGAUCCGGCAAGUGGCGCUGAGCUUCGCCACUGAGUCAUGGUCCUCGGGCGAAGGCCGCUUGCCGGGCCUGGCUUGGCUGGGUGCCGUGGGCCGAGCCUUCUUCACACCUCACAGGUGGAACGAUCAGUUGCGCCUGGCGAAGGCCUUCGCCGGUCGCUUGCGCAGCCUGGGCGUGUUCUGCCGGGCGGAGCCCAGUUGGAAGUCAGUCGGUGCCAAGGCGGCCGCCCGUGAGGCGGAGCACGCGGAGCGCGCGGAGCGUGGACCUGAAGGUAAGGGCAGGAGAUCUGCCUUAAGCCGGUUCCGGCGGCGGGCUGCAGCGUCCAUGGCUGCGCAGGAUACCUUCGCGGUGGUCUAUACGCCCAAAGAAGGCGAAGGGCCUGAAGGGAAGCCCGAAGCCAAGAAGGUGCUGCGGUUGACCUUGUGGGCCAAGCACCCCUUGCUGUUGCUCAGUGAAGGUGAAGGCAACCGCACGGAAUUGGGCGCUCACUUCCGUGGUUGCUGCCUGAACGGCUUCGAGGCAGUGGAAUGGUUUACCGGACCCAAUCGUGUGAGUGCGCACGUGCUCUUGCUUUUGAGGAGUGACUCCAAAAGCCGCGACGCCUCAGCAGCCGCUGAGCACUUCGCCCGAAGGCACUUGGCAAUGCCAGAGGAAGCACUGUCUGCGAAGGCGCAG